AUGCUGCAAGAUUUCGUCGUGGUACAACCAGUAAGCCUAUCGUCAUCGGUUCUCGCAAAGGAUCCACUUAUCUUCAAACGUUACAAUACGGUUGAGAAGCUGGUCGUCAUGGAUACGCAGAAGAAGUAUAGAGGAUACUUUGAAAUGGAGCUCACUUUAAUUUUUAUUCGACUCGUGCGGCAAUCAUUUGUUGAGACUCUUUCACCUUCUAAUGUUCUUUAA